AUGAAAUCAUUGUUCCUCAUUGCCUUGAUUGCAAUUGCAUUCACAGCUAGAGUCCAAGAGAGAAGUCUAUCUAAAAUUACAACAGAUUUGAAAAAGAGCACAUAUGGAAGUGCCCUUCUUCAUUUAGUUGAACUCCAUUCCAUGGCUGGUGGUCCUGUCUAAGAGUUGAUUGACGCCAUUGAAGAGUUAAUUAAUGAUCUUGAAGAGGAAUUGGAAGAACUUGAAUUCAAUUUCUAAUAAAGAACUAAUUAACAUAAUUCAUUAGUCAUCGGUUAUGAAUAAGACAUUCAAGAUGCUGUGAUCGAUGUUAACAAUACAUAAGACACAUUGGAUAAUUUAUUAUUCCCCAGAAGAGAACAACUCCAAGUGAGAAUUGAAUAAAUUUAAGAAAACUAAGAGGCAAAUAGAAAAAAUUAUGAUGAAGCUGUUCUUACAAGAGAAUAAGAACAUGAAGAUUUCGAAUUCUAAAUUGCAGAAUUGAAUGAUGCCACUGCAGCAGUUGAUGAUGCACUUGCCCUUCUUUCUUCAUUAACAAAUCCAUCUCUUCUUUAGAUCAAGAGAUUCUAAAAUUCCUUGAAAAACAUUGAAUAAAAGAUCAAAUCAAGAUCUAGAAUGGCUCCAAUGAUCAAGGCACUUAUCACAUUGGCUUCAAACCAAAACUUCUCAGACUAAGGAAUCAUUGGUUAAAUAGUUGGUGCUCUUAAUGAAUUUAGAAAUGCUAUUGUUGACUCAAUCAAUGCCUAAACAGCUGCUGAAGCUGAUGCCUAAGCUGAACACGAAGAAUACCUUGAAUAAUUAGAUGCUGAGUAUGCUGAAUUCUAGAGAUAAAUCAACAGAGUUAAUGUUGAUUUGACUGCAACAAAUGAAAAAAUCGAUUAAUUAAGUGAUUUCAGAGACCAAAGAGAAGCUGACAGAAAACAAUACACUGCUGAACUUGAAUUAGAAAAUAACACUUAUGCUGAAGAAACCGAUACCUACACUAACUUAAAGAAUGAGUUCACUAGAGAACUUGGAAUUAGUGAGCAAGCUUUGUCAGUUGUUGAAAGUGCUGACUUCAGCAACAUUCAAGUUUGAAAGGAAUGACUUUAAGUUUCUUUUUAAUAUACAAGAAUAAAUUUACAUUUAACUUUUUAGA